UAUAAUGUUACAUACGAAGAAAAGGCAUGCUUGAAAUGUUAUUGUCAAUUUUGCCAGGAGUUUGGGGGAUCGUAAAAUUCAGAAAGAUUUAACUAAGCUUCAAACUGAGUUCAUGCCGUCUUACAGUUUCUAGAUCCAAACCUUUUGCUGCAUAAACCAUUUAGUGUCGAACUAUGGCUGCAGUUUCAACUGUCUUUGCUGUGUGUUUAUUCGGAGGGGUCAAUAGCCAGUCACCGGUGCAAGUUAAGAGUCUUGUGGACAAUCUUCUCUCUAACUACGACAAGCGAAUUCGUCCGGUGGAGGACCAGACUCUCCCUGUGAUUCUAGACGUUAGUUUUAGCCUAAUCAGCAUCAUAGGGGUGGAUGAAGUAAACGAAAAACUAGAGACGUCCGGUUAUUUGACCAUACAGUGGACAGACUCCCUUCUCAGAUGGGAUCCGGCCAGUAACAACGGUAUUUCCACGAUAUUUCUGCCUCAGAACGACAUUUGGAAACCAGAUAUAGUUCUGGGCAAUGGAUUCAAGAAAUUUGAAGAAUUUGGGGGCAGUUUUUACAAUGUUGAAGUUGAAAGUUUUGGUAACGUUUUCUGGAAACCUUUCCAAGUCUUUGAAACACAAUGUAGUAUCGAUACCACAUACUAUCCCUACGAUAGAGAAGUUUGUGAGAUUGUCUUCGUGGUUUGGAGUUACACGGUCAUCGAAGUUGAGAUUUUCAAAUCCGCGAAUGGGAUUAACCUGAAUGAAUACACAGAAAGUGGCGUCUGGGAAAUCACACGAACCGAUGUUAAAGUAAGCAAAGAGUCCGUUGAAUCCAAGGUAACAUUUUCAAUUCACAUCAAGAGGAAGCCCUUUUAUUAUAUAUUCAACAUCAUGAUUCCAAUUCUUUUUCUGGGAAUGCUCACCAUUUUCGUUUUCGCUCUACCCGUAGAUGCCGGAGAAAAGAUGUCAUAUGCAAUGACCGUGUUCCUAUCUUUCGCUGUCUUUCUGACCAUUAUCAACACUCUGCUUCCAGUAAGCUCGGAAACAACACCUGUUCUUAGCAUAUAUCUUCUUAUGCAGAUGACGAUGAGCAUUCUUGUUUUGUUCAUCACAGCUUUACAAAUACGCUUGCAUCACCGAGACACGUCAGUUCCAAUAUCUAAACCCUUUCGGUUUAUGGUUCGCCUCAUGCAUUACUUUCACUGCCGCAAAUCUUGUAAAACGAGUAAAACAAUAUCCCCCGCGGAAAACAAGGACAGUGAAUACAGAGAUAACUUUGAUUCAAUGGGGGAAACCUCCCAAGAGGAGAAAAACAAACCCGAAUGGAAGGAUGUAACGUCAGCAAUCGAUUUCCUGGCAUUUUGGAGUUUCUUUCUUCUUUAUCUGUGUCUGACCGUGUAUCUGUUUGCAACAAUCAUCAGAGGAAGCUGAGGGGGAAAAAGAUUACAAAAGAAGUUUUAAUACUAAAAUAACUUUUGCAAUUAUUAUUUUCUCCACUUUAUAUCAAUGAACUCUUUUGAUCAUUUGUAUUUUGUUUAUUGAUUGGGAGUGCUACUAAUAGAUAGAAAUAUGGAUUAACAUAUUAUUUCUCAGUUGAUAUUGUAAUCAUCAUUUCUUCAAAUGAAACAUAUUAAUUUACUUAUAUGCUCAAUGCUCACGUAAUGUUUUUAAAGAUCGAUCCAUAAUCAAGUAAGAAAUAAAUGCUUCCUUCGUUUCAAUGUUUAGUUAAAAAAAAACUGUAACAUAAUUUUUUGGGGAAGUUUUAUAAUAAGAAUACAAGUAUCCAUGCAUUUAGAUUUUGAAUUUACUGUUUGAUACAUACAUGUACCUCAAUCAAUCGACCUAUGCAAAGACACUUGUGUUAACUAGUAAGGUAAUGCGUUUUAGAGAUGUAUUAAAGAGUCCCCAGUUUUUCAACAGUUGGCAAUGUAAUGUAAUGUUUUGUAAGCAUCAUAACUAAAACUACUUUAAUUGUAUUUUUCAGUUUUUAUUUGAUUAUCAAAUAAUUCUGAAUUAUACUGAUAGAUUUGGAAAAAGUCGAGUACCUAAAAAUUUAAACUUUUAACCCCAACCUCUCUAGCGGUGGCGGCAUGAAGACAUCAAACAAAAUUUGCUUCAUGCAGGUUUUAUCUUUGCAAUUUUUUCGAGUAGCCUAAGUUUAAAAGGGUAAUAACUUUACUUUCAAGGUAAACAUUUAUCUUUGAAAUGAAUAAGCUGGACAGAAACAACUAUAAUCAAAAUGUCUACUUAUCUUUAGUUUCCACAUCAUUUAACUUUAAAUUCUUAUAUAGAUUCAAGUGUAUAAUAUGUAAGCAUAAAUUAGCCAUCGAUUUAUCAAAAGAGCAUUGUUAUUAAAGACGACGAUGACAAAGGACAAACAAGUAAAAGCCAAAAUCACACAUUUACUAAAAAGGUAAUUGCAUAAAUCAACACCAUGUUUGUAAAAAGUAUGCAAAUACGUUCAGUUUUUUAAAAAAACUAUAAAAACCUAUAAUUUUUGCCUUUGGUUUUGGUCAAGAAAAGUAACGCUAGACUGAGCGUUCCUAUCAAUCAUGAACAAUACACACAUCUCAAAACAAGACGUAAGGUCAAAAGUUUAACUUAAAGGACAGUUUAAUUCUUAAUUCUAAAAUAUUUAUAUUAGUUAAACUGCAUGCUAACUGCAUGUUAACUGUUAACUGUUAAUGUUAAUGUUAACUGCAUGCAGUUGAACUGCAUGUUUUUAUUCAUAUGAGAAUCUCCUCUAAAAGCAAGAGUGAAAAUCGUUCUCUUAGUGAGUAGCGUUUUAGUCAUAAUAUUAUCAUGUUCAAACCAGGGAUGACGGUGAUAAUUAUAAGCAAUCAAAAUUAAUCACCAUAAGAGUGUAAUAAGAAUCAUGACACCAUAAGAAAUGUAGAAUUGAACAAAAUUAAAAAAAAAAUCCUGAUAAUGCAGUAUAAGUAUCAUAAUCAUAUCUGUGAAUUGUGAAGAAUAAUUUUCUUUUUAAAGCGCUAUGCAUAGCUCAGCGCUUUAUUGUCGUUAGACUUCUACUUCCGGUGCAACCGCCCCUAUGAGCAGAAGUUUACAUCAUUUAAACUGGUUAGGGAACCAGUUUCAGGAGUUUGUGCACAUAAUUGCACGGGCUAGUACAGGCUAUUGUGAAUUUAUUGUACGGGGCUUACAUACAUCAUUGCAGGGGCUGCCAUGGUGUGAGGAGGAAAUAUAUUGCGUAUACAGAAGCUGAAAUGUUAUAUACAUAUAUCUUUUAUACUAGUAUACAAACAGAAGCUGGGUUAGCGCUUUUCAGUACUAUCAGUACUUUGAUUACGUAUUACUUUUGACCUAAACAUGUCAUAUUGAUUCAAUAAGGCUGAAAAAAGCACACUUUUUUUUAUCGAUAGGAGCACUACCAUGUACAAUUUUUAUUAGAUUUACAUUAAUGAUAUAGGAUAUUUCAUUAAAAAAAUUGUCUAUGCUUGCUAUCAUGAGUUGUCCCUCUUUUAAGAUUUUAGAUUAAUACUGCACUUACCUUGUUAUGC